GCGACUUUACCUAUCGAGUCUUGUCAACAGCGGGGAUCGAUUUUAGUACAGAGGUCAAAAAACUCGUCAACUUUGUAUUGUCUACUAUCAAAAACAAAUUCAUCUUCUUCAAGACCCGUGUUUAAAAGCCUGGUGUGUAGACAGUGAACAUGCAGAAGGCAAAUACAGAGCGUUGCCAAGGAAAAAACCACCACGAGACGGAGUCCGAUGAGACAUCUUCUCCUAACUCGUGCAGCUCGUGCGAGCGCUUGGACGAUGAUGCCACUGAAUUACCGUUACAAAAUGCGUCCACGGAAAACGGCCUUCAAGAAAUUUACCCUUGGAUGAAGGAAUUUCGCUCAAAAGGAGCGCCGCAAGAAAAAGCUGGUGAUGAUAAACUUAAUCGAACUAUAUACAGCACAAGGCAGUUAGUCGAAUUGGAAAAGGAAUUCCAUUACAACAGAUACCUUUGCAGACCGCGUAGAAUCGAAAUUGCGCAGUCGCUCGGACUAACUGAAAAACAGGUCAAAAUCUGGUUUCAGAACCGUAGAAUGAAAUGGAAAAAAGAGAACAAAAGUGUUGAGAAAGCCUUGGAAAAUGAAAUUCAACAAAGAGUGCGACAACUAAGCGCGCAAAAUCCAAACGGUUUCGGCAGUUUAUCACUGAUGAACUUAAACUCACAUCCUAACUCGUCGGUUUUCAACGAAUCAAACUCUUUUCAGCGAAGCUACAAUCCGUAUUCUACUCCAAUGCAAAACUACAAUGGAGGAGGAUUCAUGGACAGACCAAGGGCGAUAUGGAGUCAAGGACCACUGCAACAUUUUUAGUAAUUAUUAAUUAUCAGUGCAGCCGCCGUUAGAUGCUGGCUUCCUGUUGUACAUUUUUUCGACAACCUCGUGUGCGAUACUUCGCCCAACGAGGAAUAGAAUUAACACUUUGAAAUUGAGUUAUAAUUCUUCGAUGUUAUUUACAGUCGACAAAGUUAUUUCAUUCCUGUUAGAGACUCGUGGUUUUAUUGUGAGCGAUAUUUAUUCAUUUUCCGUUGUGAAACGAUGUCAGUUAAAUUCGGGUUAGUUUGAAAUCGAAUGAAGAUUUGAGUUAAUGUUUUGUACACAUUCCUUCCUCGACCUCUUGUAGCUAGUACCUCCCUCAUUUAUUGUCUUUCGCAUACAAUGCUAAAAUAGAAUGUGUAUGAUAUCAGGUCUUUUCCUUUAAACUCUUUCUGUUCAUAUUUAUGGCAAGAAUAUCACACGGUUGCAAAUGCGAUAAAAUUAAUUCCGGUUGUGAAGUAGUUUUUAACCCCCUGUGGGUUCCAGAAGUUGUCGCCUUCCCCAUAAAAAUGAAUCGUAGCUAAGUAAGGGAACUUGUCAGUUGCAAUGUUUGGGAUACAAGCUCUGACAAGCUGAUAUGACUCGUACAUUGGACAGUAUAUUUUGUCGUCUUCCAUCACUCAAAUAUAGGUCAAGUUAGAUGCCUUGCUUGUUGUCAUUGCAAUUAAUUUGUUCCUGUUUGUGAAGUAAAUGCCUACAAUGAUACAUCAAAUGCACAAUUGAUUUCGGCUGCCCCCUUAAUAAUUAUUUUACAUUCUUUCAUUCUUGCAUUUUAUUGAACGCAACGUUACUAAACUAACGUGAAACUUUGGUUACUAUGGCAUCAAUUAUUAGUUUGAACUGGCAAUUGCGUCUCAUAUCUAUUUAAUGAAUGAAUAUUUUGAGGUUUUAUGUUAUGGUAAUAUAUUUUAAAACCAUAAGUUAUUCAGGUUGUUGUUGUUAAAUGCACGAAGUUGACAGAAAAUGGACAAUAAAAAAUCAGGCGUUUUGCUCUAAA